AUGGCCGACAAUACUCAGUCUGCGUUCUGGGAAUCAAUGCCUAGCGACUUGCGCAAUGCCGUCGAACAAGCAAUUCCGGCAAACGUUUUAGAAGAGAAACUAACCUUGUCCACGGAAUCCGAAAGCCUGGCAACCAGAUAUGCACGGCUAGAACGCUUUCUCACAGACACGGCCGCCCAGGAAGACCAAAGCAAGCAGCCCUCUGGGCAUCCACCAUUCCGCGGUCAAACCACAAGCAACUCACCAGUCUCCACUCUCUUCCCACUAGCCAUACUCCAAACCGAAACAAACCAAUACGCCGCCGCCGAAAAAUCAUAUCGCAAGCUCCUCACUACAUCUCCAUCUUCUCAACCGGACCUUGCCGCCACCUCAAAUCUAAUCGACGUGCUCAACCACCAGCGUAAAUACGCCGAAGUACAGAAGAUGUCAAUGCAAGUGCUGCCUUUGCUUCCAAAAAGAGUUGGGUGCAACNNUAGUCCGCAGUAUCUGGGUUGUAUGCGGAAAUUGAUGGAUAGUUUGGUUGGACAAGGCAAAGGUGGGGAAGCAAGACAAUUGCUUCAGAGGGGUAUGGAUUUGGUGUCUACGAUUGGGGAUGGCGAUGUUAAGGAAGAAGAAGUCGAGGCUAUGCAGGAGAUGGGCAGGAAGAUUGAUUCGCAGGGUUAG